AUGUCGAUCAUGAACUCGUUCGUCAAUGACGUUUUCGAGCGUAUCGCUGCUGAGGCAUCUCGUCUGGCCCACUACAACAAGCGCUCGACGAUCUCGUCUCGCGAAAUCCAGACCGCUGUUCGACUGAUUCUUCCCGGAGAGCUCGCCAAGCACGCCGUCUCCGAGGGGACCAAGGCUGUGACCAAGUACACAUCAAGCAAGUAA